AUGUUUAUUAUUUUAGUGGCUAUUGUUCUGAUUGCAAGUGGCGGAGGAGCACAGAUGAGUGAAGAUAGCUGUGACGCCAAUGAGCUGAGAUUAUGUGUCGAGCUGACGCCUAAAACACCGGUCGGUUUGCCCAGAACGAGAAAAGAAUUGGAUGCUCAUUGCGCGGCGUACCAUACAGGCAUGGCGUGUAUGGAUGCGUGGAUCAAGCGAUGUCUGCCAACAGAUGGACAAAAAUUGGUACAACAACAGAUUGGAGGCGCUAGAGCUCUCAUGAGAUUCCUAUGUACUAACGAUUCAUCUUUGAGAAGAGAUUUCCUAAAAGAACCAACUUGUUGGUCGAUGGUGUCGCCCGACUGGUCUCGAUGUGUGGACGAAUUGCAGCUUGCUGUUAGAGAUAUCUCUGAACGAGCUCAACUAAUCAACUACUUCAAUAAGAGUUAUGAACUAUGCUGUGCUAGAGAUGCAUUUGUGUCGUGCGUAUCACAUGCUGGUCGUUCCUGUUCAGCAGCAGCGGGCAAUCUACUUCGGCGGAUGGCCUGGGUCCUUGCUCAAGAUGUCGCUGCAUGCAGCCAGCAGCCACGAGCCCAUUGCGAUGCAGUCACACUGAUAAAUACGCCACUCCUAACGUUCUUAUCAGGGAUAUUAUUGUAUCCACCGAAUCUUUAA